AAUGUCCAUUUCAAUUUGAAUUCAAAUGAAAGGAAGUCAUGCAGCGCCAUCUUCAACAUCUCAGGAAUCCACUUUAUUUUCCGGUUUCUUUUGACUUUUGUAUUCUACCAAUACAAGAUGGCCAAGCGUACGAAGAAGGUAGGAAUCACCGGGAAGUACGGUACCCGAUAUGGUGCCUCCCUCAGGAAAAUGGUCAAGAAGAUGGAAAUUACCCAACACAGCAAGUACACCUGCACCUUCUGCGGAAAGGAGGCAAUGAAGCGCAGUGUAGUUGGGAUUUGGUCUUGCAAACGUUGCAAAAGGACAGUCGCAGGUGGUGCCUGGGUUUAUUCCACGACGACCGCCGCCUCUGUCAGGUCAGCAGUUCGUCGUCUUCGUGAAGUGAAAGACCAGUAAAUCUAUUUAAUAUAAAUAAAAAAAAAAGUUUUACAAAACCAA